GCGUGGUCUACUGUCUAAGAUGUGUCUUCACUUCAUUCCCAUACUCCAACUUACAAGAGGACCCAACCAGUAGUUGCGGCUAAAUACGCUUUCAAAGGACCCUUAUUAGUACUUUUUUUUUUUUGCAUUGUGUUCGUUUAUUCUACUCUUUUGGUUGUUGUUGUUUUUUUUAAACAGCGGCGUUUUUACAUCAUGGGGCGACUAUUAGCCGCCGCCAUCCUCUCGUCGCUACUGAAAGUGUCACUGUGUAUUCAGGUGAUCGUCUCCGAGCAAGAGCGCAGCACUGCCCUUUUUGCCAAUGUGAUCCUGCGCUGUGACUUCACUACGUCUGCAAGCCUCCAGGAUGUACUGGUCACCUGGAGGUUUAAGUCCUUCUGUAAGGACCCCGUACUGGAGUACUACUCCACAUCUUACCAGUCGGCACUUCAGUUGGGCCAGGAUCCUGCUAACGACUGUCCAGAUCGCCAGCGCACAAUUCGUACCGUGAUCCAGAAGAGAGGAAACAAUGAGCCCAUACGCGGCGCAGAAUACCGUGAUCGCAAGAUCUCAAUCCGAGACAAGGCUGAUCUGGUGAUCAAUGAGGUGAUGUGGUGGGACAACGGUGUGUACUUUUGUUCGGUUGAUGCCGCUGGAGACACCACCGGAGACUCUGACAAAGAAGUCAAACUUAUUGUUUACCAUUGGUUAACUGUGCUCUUCAUCGUCAUCGGAGCCCUGCUGCUCAUCAUCCUACUGGGCGUCUGCUGCUGCCAGUGUUGUCCUCAGAGAUGUUGUUGCUACGUGCGCUGUCCCUGCUGCCCGCAGCAAUGUUGCUGCCCGGAAAAAGCGGUAAUGCAGCAUCGUAUGAUGAAGGAGGCUCAGAGGGCCAUGGCUCCGUGGGUGGGAGGACAGCCUAUAUAUGGACCAAUGAGCCAGGUUUCCUCCUCUCAAAUGAACCCACUGCUAUAUGCAGGCUCCAUGUCAGGGAAGAACGUGCCUUUAAAUCACAUGCCACUGCCACCACCCCAGUCGUUGGCUUACAGCAUACCGGCCCCGAGUCUCCACGGCAGCCACACGCCUGCCAAAACCAAUCACAUGCUUGACUACAUGGAGAGUCAGGUGAGGGGGUUGGACAUGGCCAGUCCGCUGCUUCAGCCACCGCCACCUCCCCACAUGACUCAGAUCCCACCUGGCCCCCAGCACCAGCACCAGCACAUGCCUAUCAGUGUCCCUUUUUCCGCCGGGCCUCCGAGCAUGAUAUCUGGCCUUGGUGACGUGUCCUCAGAGCGCCGCGUCAUCACCCUCCCGCCGAUACGUGAGCCGGGGCGAGUGCCGCCUCCCGCACCCAAGACUCGGCCUCCGAGCUCCAGCGAAAGCAGCCAUGGCGGUUUUGGAUCCCGCGGGGACCACGGGACGCCGGGUCGACGCUAUCCCUCACCUACUAGGUCCAGAGGCAUCCCGAGGAGCUACAGCGAAGAGUCACUGGAUGGGCGACCGCGUGGCGGGGCACGAGGAGGCAUGAACCGCCCUCGAUCCCGUUCCAGGGAUGAUCUCUUUGACAGCAGGUCCAGAGGAAACUAUCCCCCAUCGGGAGCAAGUCGGGCAAGAGGGUCCUGGAGCUCUGAUGAGGACAAUUAUCGGAGAGGAGGAGGAGGAGGAGGGAGGAGAGGCGGCGGAGGCUGGGGUGAGAAACCUCCCGGCUACACUGAGUAUGAGCCUGGAAACAAACCAGGACCAAGAAAGAACUACUCUGUUAAGAGCUCUCGCAGUGGCACCAGUGUCAUCAUCUGAACGGAGCUGUGAAACGCCCUUUGAACUCUGUUUCUGAGCGCACGCGCACCUCACUUGAACUGGGAGUUGUUAGCAGCCUUGUUGUCAAACUCCCAGUCAAUCUGAAAGACCUUAUUAGCCAUUGGGAUUUGAGAAAUUUGUGUUGCACAAUACGUGUUCAGAAAAUAUAUAAAAACAAAAGUAAAAUAUUUGACCUCAUGUGAAAGCAUCACACCCGUUAGCAUAGAAAUAAGGGGCCUGCCAGGGAAUGUAGAAAUGCUUGAAAAUUGAUGUUAAAUAUAUGAAUAUGGAAUCAUCAAUGAAAUUAGAAUGUUGCUGAAUGUUGAUGUCCUGCUUCUAUGGAAAGAUGCUUGAGUAGUUAGUUAGUCAGUAGCUUUGAUAUGCACCUUAAGGUAUGUUCUUUUUCCUCACUAUUUUGAAAAUCUAGCCCACUAAUAGAACAAUUGUGUCCUACUCAUGUUUUUGUUUUUUUUAUCCCCCACUCCUAGUCUUGCAUAUUGCUCACUCUUACUCCUUUAGUAACAAUGCGUGGGUGGACUUUAAGCUGCAUAUCAAGGAUAUUCCCUCUAUGGUUAUUCAAGUUAGUCUUUUUAGAAUUUAUUCUUUCCAGGAAUCUACCAACUUUGGCUUAAUUAAUGCAAAAACAACAACAAUGAUGAUCUCUUAAUGGCCCAGUAGCACUGGUUUACUACCAAAAUACUGAAACUGUUACAUUAUCAUGAAAUAAUUUAAAAUGUGUUUGAAUUUUUUUUUUUUCGCCUUAAUUUUGUACAAAAUAAUCCCUGUGAAAAGUGUUGAAAUACAAUUAAGCUUUUUUGUAUAAUUGCGUGUAAAAUCCAUUAGGGUGAGUCAUUGGCAUACAAUGCUGUGGGACAUCAUUCUGUGGGAAAUCUUCCACCAUUGUAGUAAUCAUCAGGAUUUUACUUGUCAAAGUAUUGAAGUAUGAAUUUUCUUUUUUUGUUUGUACAUUAACCUUGGAUAAGACAAAAAUAAAUGUAAUUAAAGUGAUUCUUCAACA